AUGGGCAUGGCUUUCACCCAACCUGAAGUUCGUCGUCUUGGGAUUUUGUAUCUGCUGUUUGCCCAAUUCGCUCCAAAAAUCUUGGAAAUACAAGACUAUGUAUUCGGUCAUGUGGCUGUUGAUCAUCAUAUACAAAUGGCAAGAGCGGUCAAAGUAAAUAUUCCUGCGACAUGCAUUACAAAUUGGAUUUAUUUCUAUCAGACAAAUGUCGUCGUUAUUACACACGACACUUCUUUAUCAACGCUUAAAUCUUCAAUUUAAUAGCAAAACAAAAACUACGUGUCACCGAUCACAAUCCAAAGUCUCCAAGUCUCUUUCGAACUCAGGACCAUAAAUAGCUAAAAGAUUUUCAUCUUUAUAUAGCUAUAAAACGUUUUGUUCGUUCACAGAUAUACUUGAGGGUGUGGAUGUGGGGUGCGGGUAUGGGUGUGGGUGUGGGUGUGGGUGUGGGUGGAGGUGCGUGUGUGUGUGGGUGGAGGCGGGUGGGUGGGUGAAGAUGGGUGGGUGUGGCUUCUUCUUUCACACCGGCAUCCCCACCCCCACCCCCACACCCCCACCCUCACCCCCACCCACCCCCCCCCCCCC